AGAUGGUUCUGGUCAUUGAACUCCAGCUCUAAGGUGAAGUAAAACACUGUUCCCUUGAAGAAAUUAAUUUGGAGUAAGACAAAUCUUAUUCUGCAGCCAUGAAAACUCUACUGGUUAUGGACUUUGACCAUACAAUCAUAGAUGACAAUAGUGACACCUGGAUUGUGAAAUGUGCUCCUGAGAAAAAGCUUCCCCAAGAACUAAUAGAUUCUUAUCAAAAAGGAAAGUGGAAUGAAUAUAUGGGCAGAGUCUUUAAAUAUUUAGGCGAUAAAAGUGUUGAGGAAGGUGAAAUAAAAAAAACUAUGAUAAAAAUGCCUUUUACUGAAGGAAUGUUAGAGCUUAUAAACUUUAUUGGAAAGAAUAAAGAUCUUUAUGACUGCAUAAUCAUCUCAGAUUCAAACACAGCCUUCAUAGAUUGGAUUUUAAAAGCUGCCAAUGUUGACAGUGUGUUUGAUAAAGUGUUUACAAACCCAGCAGCUUUCAGUAGAGAUGGUUUUCUUAUUUUGGAAGGAUUUCAUGUUCAUGAAUGUGAUUAUUGCCCAAAGAAUCUCUGCAAAAAAAAAGUUCUGAUAGAAUUUAUAGAUAAACAGUCACAAAAAGGAGUGAAAUACAGCCAAAUUAAUUAUAUAGGUGAUGGUGAGAAUGAUUUCUGUCCAAUAACCUCUCUAAAGAAGAAUGAUGUUGCUUUUGCUCGAAAAGGAUUUACUUUAUAUAAAAUGCUUUCUGAACCGUCUCAAGAACUUGUACCUGUGGAAUCUUCUGUUGUAGGUUGGUCAUCAGGCAUUGAAAUACUUUCAUAUUUGCAAUCAUAAAAGAAUGAUUCAUAACAAAAUUGAAGAUAGCUUAAGUGAAUAAGAAAAGAAGCUUAUGCUUAAAUUUUAUAUGGUAGCAGAAAAAAUAGUUGUUAUAUUCUAUAGGAAUAUAUACAAUAUCAAUAUAUCCCAAAUUUUCAUACUUCCUUUUGAAAUGCAAUGCAAGAAAAUGUGUUUUUAAAAAAAUGUUUAUAGUUCACUUGAUAAAAUCUCAUUUAUUACUUUAUAAGGAGUAAGUUUAUUCACUGUGCAUAUAAUGCUUGUCAGUGUAAUCUCCAACAGAGCUCAAAAUUCUUAGGAAUAUUUGCUAAUACUGAGCAUGUUAGCAACUAUUUUAGAGAAUCAUGCCAGUGAAAUAAUGUCUUAUCAAGACUAUUAUACCAAAACAUGUUAAUUUUAAGGAUCUAAUUUUUAGGCUAAAAUGUCCAGCAUGUAAUUAAUUAUUCUUCUGGUUUUUAUUUCUUCCAAAUUAUUAAUGGAGGCCCUUAGCCCCUAAAAGAUGUACUUAGAAUAAUUUAAUGUGGAAAAAUAUGUACCAUUUAUCCAGUUAUUUUGUAAAU